GGGCUGCGCAACUUAGUAAUAAAAGAGAUACAGUUUGGAAAUGUUUUAAAACAUAAACAGAAGCAAAAUGCUGUGUAAAAUCUGGCAUGACAACAGCAAACGCUUGAAAUACUCUGCAUCUGUACAGAGAGAGGAAGAGUUGACGUCUCGGGUUGAUUAUCAGAACUUCAUUUUGACUUUAAUUGCACGGAACGGGGAAAGCAUUGUCACUGGACGUGAACCCAUUGAACGACAGUUGUGGUCAUUCAGGGAAUUGCAGAGGAGCCGGGCAUCAGGAAGUGACGCAUUACCCCCGUUUCCCCCGCCCCACUCCCGUGUAGUUGGCAUGGGAACCGGGCCCGACCGGGCUCGAGCCAGCGCUCAACGGCCGUGAGUCAGAGCCGAGCGGCCUGGAGACACUGGCUGUAACAUGAACAGGCAGGAGAUGGCGGACGAGGCUCUCUUCCAGCUCCUUCACACGGAGAUCGUUUCCUACGUUUAUAAAUCGGCUGAGCAAGGCGAGAUGGAAAGUGGAAGAUGUGUCACCAAAUUGGAAAACAUGGGAUUCAGAGUGGGACAAGGACUAAUUGAAAGAUUUACUAAAGAUACUGCACGAUUCAAGGAUGAACUAGAUGUCAUGAAAUUCAUAUGUAAAGACUUUUGGACCAGUGUAUUUAAAAAACAGAUUGACAAUCUUCGGACUAAUCAUCAGGGUAUUUAUGUGCUCCAAGAUAAUAAGUUCCGCCUCCUUACUCAGAUGUCUGCAGGGAAACAAUAUUUGGAACAUGCACCCAAGUAUUUGGCGUUUACUUGUGGAAUAGUUCGAGGUGCGUUAUCGAACUUGGGAAUUAAAAGUAUUGUGACAGUGGAAGUUACUGCAAUGCCUGCAUGUAAAUUCCAAGUAAUGAUACAAAAGAUGUAGAAGAUAUCUUCUCAAGCACUCAAGUAUUAGCUUAAAAUCUAGAUGAUUUAAAACAUUGAAAGUAUUAUGUUAUCUUCUGUGAAAUGACAUUACAAUGAAUUUGUUUACAUAAAUGAUUGUCUUCAGCUCUGUGUUUAAGUUUUGUAACUUUUAAAUGGGAGUUUAGUGAUCACCAUAUACCACUGCAUUGAUCAUCUAGCAGAAUAAAAAUUCAGUUUAGACUAGGUUAAUAAAUUGGACUCCUGGUGUGUAUUCCAAUUUGUUUUUAGAGAUGUAACUAGGUUGAUCUAUUUCUUUUACUUUGCAAUUCAUUUUUUAAAAAAGCGCUUAGUUUAUUUUUACUUUAAUUGGAUGAAGUAAAACUAUUGCAAGUGCAGAAAUUUUAGAAUUGGAAUAAAAUUUUUAAAAUAUACAACCAUUUCAAGGCAGAACAGUUUUAGGUGAAGAUCCUUGGUCAGUUUAGGUAAAUUUUGAAUCAACCUGUUCAGAUAUGUUAUGAUGACCUCUGGAGAAGGUGGGACUUGAACCACCUGGCCCAAGGUUGGAACAGUACCAUUGUGCCAGAAGAGCCCUCCUUAGUCCGUAUUUGGGGUUAAGUCCCAUUCCAGGGACCUGCUUUGAGGCCGACACACUAGUGCAGUACUAAUUGAAAUGCUGUUAUAGCAAAGGUGCUGUCUUUCAGAUGAGAUGGUAGAGUAGGUGAGAUAGGAAUCACCACUGAUUUUUUUCAAUUGCCUUUAAAUAAUGCUGCAUUCAUGUUUUCUCAGAUACAGCCCCUCUUAAAGAAUUGGGCAAAUAUUUCUUCUGGAACGGGAAGAUAAAUAGGACAUUUAAACCUGUUAGUAUGGAAGUGCUAAGUUUUACUGCACACUCGGCAUGUUGUGCUGGAAUAAAGAAGUUUAGGCUUACACGUACAGAAUAUGCAGAUGUAAUAAUUUAAAACUGGUUUUGGAGUAAUAAACAAUAUUUGUCAAUAUGUAUAAAAUUAUGGUGAAAAAAUUGAAGGAUAGCUCUGUAUAUUUAAUAAUUCUCCACUUAUUUGCUUACUUGUGCAACAAACUAUAGUCCACACACACACACACACACACAACCAGAUAGAGUAACCAUUGAUGUCUUCCAAUGACAGUGGUUUUGGUUUUUUUGUUUUUUUCUUGGCUAAAUUGAGCAUGUUAUCGUCAGUAAUUGGCUGUUUAUUUCUUCUGUCAUGGAUGAGGCCAGCGUUUAUUGGCCAUCCCUAAUUGCCUAGAGGGCUGUUAAGAGUCAGCCACAUUGCUGUGGGUCUGGAGUUAGUCUAGGUAAGGAUGUCAGUUUCCUUCCUAAAGGACAUUCAGGUUUUUCCUGACAAUCGGCAAUAUAUUUAUGCUCAUCAUUAGAUUCUUAAUUCCAGAUUUUUACUGAAUUCAAAUUCCACUAACUGCUGUGGUGGGAUUCAAACUUGGGUUCCGGGAUUAACAGUCCAGUGAUUAAUACCACUAGGCCGUCCUUCCCCUCAGCUUUCAUUUACAAAGCAGUCAGGAACUAAACUGUUUAUACAACUGAAGUAUGUAAGAGAAAGGAUUGAAAUUGUUCAGAACAACUGGUUCUAUGAACAGCUAACAUAGAAAAUAGGAUUGUAGUAGAUUACUCAGUCCUUUGAAUGGCAGAGUAGACUCCAUGUGAUCGUGGCUGAUCAUCUAACUCAGUCCUGAGUUCCCAGUUCCUGCUUUCUCCCCGUAUCCUUUGAUUCCUUUAGACCUAAGACCUAUAUCUAACUCUCUUUCUUGAAAACAUGCAAUGAUUUGGUCUCAACCAGUUUCUGUGGCAGAGAAUCUCACUCUCAGGAUGAAGAAAUUUCUCUUAUCUUAAAUAGCCUACCACGUAUCCUUAAACUGUGAUACCUAGUUCUAGACUUUCCGGUCAUUAGGAACAUCCUUCCUGCAUUUACCCUGACUAAUCCAUUUAGAGUUUUAUGGGUUUCAAUGAAAUCUCCCAUCAAUCUUCUAAAUUCCAUUGAAUAUAGUCUUAACUGAUCCAUUCUAUCUCCAUCAGUUAGUCUUGCCAUUCCCAGGAAUCAGUCUGGAAAACCUUUACUUGCAUUCUGUCCAUAGCCUGAACAUCCACCCUCCGAAAAGGAGACCAAAACAGCACACAGUACUCCAGGUGUGGUCUCCCCAAGGCCCUGUACAACUGCUGUACUCAAAUCCUCUUGCUAUGAAGUCCAACAUAUUUUCCUUCUUCACUGCCUGCUGUACUUGCACAUCAUAGAAUCCCUACAGUGCAGAAACAGGCCAUUUGGCCCAACAAGUCUACACCGCCCCUCCGAAGAGCAUCCCAUCCAGACCCAUUCCCCUAUACCUCUGCAUUGCCCAUGUCUAACCCACCUAACCUAAACAUCCCUGGACAAUUUAGCAUAGCCAAUCCACCUACCCUGCACAGUUUUGGACUCUGGGAGGAAACCAGAGCACCCAGAGGAAACCCAUGCAGACACGGGGAGAAUGUGCAAACUCCACACAGACAGUCAUCCAAGGGUGGAAUCGAACCCAGGUCCCUAGUGCUGUGAGGCAGCAGUGCUAACCACCGAGCCACCCUAAAAGGAAGAGCCCUUCACCUUGGGGUGGUUGUCCUUGUGAUUGUUGCACAAGGACACACAGGUCUAGCUUCACCUCCCAUUUUCCCAAUCUAUUGCCAUUCAGAUAAUCUGCCUUUUCUUUCUCUACCAAAAUGGAUAACUUCGUCUUUGUCUACAUUACACUACAUCUGCCAUACAUUUGCCCACUCGCCCAACUUAUCCAAAUCAGACUGAAACAUCCGUGUAUCCUCCUCACAGUGCACCCUCCCACUUACCUUUGUACUGUUUGCAAACUUGGAGAUUUAUACCUAAAUCAUAAAAAUAUAUUGUAAAUAGCUGGGAUCUGAGUGCUGAUCCCUGCAAUACCCCAGCAAUUACUGCUGUACUCCGAAAAAGACCAUUUAUUCCUACUCUUUGUUUCUGUCUGACAAUCAGUUCUCUCUCCAUAUCGGUGCACUGCCCCAAUCCCAUGUACUGUUUUCUCUCCACUUUUUUUAAAUAGUGGGGUUACAUUAGCUGCCAUCCAAUCCAAAUUGUUCCAGACUCUCUAGAAUCUUGAAAAAUGACCACCGAUACAGUCACUUUGUUUCUGUAAGUAAUGUGGGAUUUAUCAGCCUUUAAUCCCACCAAUUUCUCCAACAUUAUUUCUCUACAAAUACUGACGUCCUUCAGUUUCUCCCUCACUAGAUCCUAUGUUCCCACUGCUUUUGGGAUGUUAUUUGAAUCCUCUUUUUGUGAAGACAGAACCAAAAUAUGCAUCUAAUUGGUUUACCAUGUUUCCUCCCCAUUAUAACUUGCGUCAGAAUUGGGGGAUGUUAAGAUCUGUCGACAAUUAGGUAGGCCAGAAAAAAAGACAGUGCAAUCUAUGUUUAUUGUUCCUUAUUUGGGCCAGCAUUACGAAUAUAAAUUUGCUAUAUAGAAUUAAUUAAAAUGUAGUCCAUAUUUAUUUUAUCUUUGUGAGUGAGCAUGUUUACUUUCUGUAACUUGUAUACAUCAGACUAACUUCUGAAUUCGAUAAAUUCUACAACUUUUCAGAGUUAUUGUAAUAUUUUGACUGGAUUGAAGACGUUAAUAAAGGAUGAAAAAUACCAUGCUGUUUUUCCAACAUACAAA